AUGGAGGGCAUGGCUCGGACAAUGUACCCGGGGGAGGUGAGCCCGGGAGGUCGAUCCGGUCGAAGCCACUUCAGCGAUGCAGACAUGUCUCCUGUUGGUCGUCGCGGAGAGAAGCUUCACACGCUUCGCUCCACUGGCGGCUUCUCGACGCGACCCAUGAGUCGGAUUCAGAGUGCGCCACUUCUACACGCGCAGCAGUCGCCCGCCGUGACCACGUGGUAUACGAAUGCUUCACAGUCCACAUUCGGCAGCCCAUCCAAUCGACGCUCGUGGCAGCCAUUGGCAACAUCUUUUCGUGAGUGGGACGAUAUCCGAAACAUGGGAGUUCGCGAUCCCACUGACAAGCGAGACUUCGCCAAUGGAUUGGUGCCGAACUGGAGUAAGGAUAACACCAUGCGCAUGCAGGGCAUGCUGGAACAUGUCUUGUCAUGGACGUACUACCACAUCCAGCGCGAUGAGGAGCACCCCCAGCGCAAAGAGGUCGGCGAGUAUUUGGAUCCGCAGAACGUGCCGGUGGCCCUCCGCUCUGGGGCCGCCCGCUUCAAGUUCUGGUGCGACCUGAAGCCGCCCUUUCAGGUAGUGCAGGUCACACGAGCAGAGGAGGCUCUGGGCAAAUGGCGCGAGGCGGUAGAGAGCGAAGGAGUAAAGCCACACCCCGAUGGAGAGCUCUUCUAUGUAACCUACGAGUGCCCGCUGGCUUACCAUGUCGAGCGCGCCUGGGGUCUGAAGACGAUGGCCGGGACCUUCGACAACAAAGUGCACGGCGUUGCCAGCGUGACCCCGCUCCAGGUUUUUUUUUAA